AUGGAUCCAACUUCUAACUCAAAGGCUACGCAGAUCAGAAAGACGGCGUUUGUUUCGUUUCCCGGCGCGGACUAUACUCAGGCUGCUGCUGUCCGAGCAACGCGCAAGGUGCUUUCCGCCCAUGGUUGGCAGAUUGAAGAGGGCCAUGGCGACACUGAAUCGGCUCCGCUGGAUACGCAUCUGUACCUCGCCGACUAUGAUCUUUUACCGUUUGAAGACCUGCUUCCCGGCCCAUCUUCGUCUCUCAAAGGCAAACAGCCUCAGUGCUCGAGCUACGUGAUUAGAAAAGCGCUCAUCCGUAAGCACUACCUGGCAUCUGCGCUUAACACAUAUGCAGUCAAACUUCCGCCGGGAUCCGCUUCGCACCGUUUCCGUACAUGUACGCCCAAGACCUGGCAUUUUGAGAUCCAGUUCGCGGACGAGUUGGACGAACUGCUCCUGGACGAUCUUUACGAUUUGGGCGAAUUGCUCGAGGAGAAUCAGGCGGCUGCCGAACGAGGCCAAGAAGAAGAUGUCACGUGGUUUAUUUUAAAGCCGGGAAUGGCGGAUCGAGGGAACGGCAUCCGCAUCUUUAGCACACUAGACCAGCUGCAGACCAUCUUUGAAGAGUUUGAAUCUGAUUCUGACGAUGAAGACGACAGCAACGCUCAUUCAGAACAGGAGCAGGGCAGAUACGCUGGCAAGGACACUUCGGUUAUGGCAAGCCAACUGCGGCAUUUCGUGAUCCAAGAGUAUGUUCGAUCGCCGCUUUUGAUGGAUCCGCUCCAAUCUGCCAAGGAUGGCGACUCACUUGAGGUGCACAUCUCACAGAAGCUCACAUUGGAUCAAGACUCGACAGAAUCGGAAGCGAGGAAAUUCCAUCUUCGUGCCUACGUCCUCUGUGUAGCUGGACUCGCAGUCUACUUGCACGACGAAAUGCUGGCACUCUUUGCUCCACUGGCGUAUCAGACCCCUACCGAGGCGACAUUAGACGAUCUCCGAGGUCAUCUCACCAAUACUUGUUUGCAGGAGGAUGGUUCGUUGGCGUUGGGGAACGACGCUCGUCCCAAGGAGGCAAACGUUUUCUUGUGGUCCGACCUCGCAGGCUCAGUUCUGAAGCGAGCACAAGCUGGCGAGUCUGAUUCACCCGGAAGGCUAUCAGAAGAGAUGAUCGACGAUGUGCGACGCAAAGCCGUUGACGUGAUUGGGGCCGCAUUCGAAGCGGCGGCAAAGACGGGCAGUAUUCACUGGCAGAUGUGGCCCAACGCGUUCGAGGUGUUCGGUGUUGAUCUUUUGGUUGGCUACGACGAAGUUGCGGGAGCCGAGCGCAAGAACGAACUCAAGGUAUGGCUGCUGGAAGUCAACGCCCAGCCGGAUUUCGCACAGACAGGGGACCGGCUCAAUGCCGUCAUUGAUCGACUUUUUGAGCGAGUCUGCGAGAUUGCCGUGCUGCCCUACCACUCGGAAGAGCGUGCUGAGAAGGAGCUUGACGAUUGGAAGGUGGGCGAGUCACGUCACGCCACAACACUGUGCUUCAAGGAGGACCUUGGACGUGGCUUCUGA